AUGAUUUUCUUCAUUCAAGUUAUUGGUAGUAUCGCCUUCGCAUAUCAUCAAGAUGUUGAUUCAAUCCUUGACGAGUCAUGGACAAAAGCAUUUCAGAAUGAUAAACAACUUAUACUUGAUGUAGAAAAUUAUUUCCAUUGUUGCGGAUUUAAUAGCCUUUCUGAUCGCGUUGUACUUCCAUGUACAUACUAUACACCAUGUUAUGAAUCAAUGAAAGUUUCUUUAACAUAUAGUUUACAGACGAUCGGAAUCGUAGGCGUAGUUUUAGGAUUAUUAGAACUUAUCUGUCUGCUUUUAGCUGUCAUAUUGAUCAUUCAUACUAUUCAUAUUCAUCGUCAAGAACCGGAUGAGCGACAAGCUUUGUUGGCAGAAACACGACGACUUGAUGAUGCUAUUCGUAAAACUUAUGAACGUCGCUGUCGAUAUCACUAA